AUGAUGGCUGAAGUAGCAACAGUAGCGUACAUUAACUCUACUGGAAAACUGAACCAGUCCUUCCACUGCCUGUCCACUCAGGAUCUGGUGGCCAACAUACUGCCUCCUGUCCUGAUUAUAGAUCUCCUAGUGGGCCUGCCAGGCAACGGAGUGGCCCUGUGGAUCUUCACCUGUCAUCUGAAGACAUGGAGGGCCAACACCCUGUUCCUCUUUAACCUGGUCCUGGCUGACUUCCUGCUGCUCAUCUGCCUGCCUUUCCGCAUCGACAACCAGUUCCGUGGGGAACACUGGGUGUUUGGUCAAGCUUGGUGCCGGAUCAACCUCUUCAUGCUCGCUGUCAACCGCUCUGCCAGCAUCGCCUUCAUGAUCACCGUUGCCUUCGACCGCUACUUCAAGGUGGUCCACCCACACCACCGCAUCAACCACAUGACAUCUACCCAGGCAGGAUGGGUGGCGGGGGUCAUCUGGGCGGUGGUGAUCUCCCUGCGGCUUCCCCUGCUGGCCACCGACCUCCUCAAGCAGGAAGGCAGCAUGUGCCUGUGUCGCAGCUUCAGCUCCAACACUGUGACUCCCCCGGCAAUCCAGUUACACUACAUGGUGUUCAUCGGGGAAUUCUUCCUGCCCCUGCUGCUCUUGCUCUUCUGCUCAGCCAAGAUUGCCUACAUCCUGCGCCAACGGCAGCUGGACAAGGAGCAGAAGGUGCGGCGGGCUAUCCGGGUGGUGGGGCUGAUCGUGACUGUGUUUGUGCUGUGUUUCUUUCCCGGCAUCGCCACAAGGAUGGUUUGGCUCUAUAUCACGAAGUUCAGACCCAGGGACGGUGUGUCUUACAACAUGGCUGGGCAGCUCUUCAGUCUGUCUAUUGGCUUUACCUACCUUAACAGUACCCUGGACCCGGUCAUCUACUGUUUAUCCAGCUCCAUGUUCCGAAACUCCCUCAAGAGCUCCCUCAAUAAGCAGGGCCUGGUGGAGAUGAGGCUGAGCCGACGGGGAGGCAUGACCAGCGAUGGGUGA